AUGGGAUGGUUGGAGCCAAAGGAUGAUCCAUGGAUGUCCUACGUCAGGAACUACCCCUUUGAGAAGACUGCUCUAGGUCCCAUUUCUUCCUGGCACCCGCAACUGCGCAGAGCUGUGCAGAGAAUGAUGGUGUGCCCGGAUACCCGCAUCCUCUACUGGGGUGACAAGCACGCCAUGAUCUACAACGAAGCCGCCAUACCCAUUGUGGGAAAGCAACAUCCAUGUCUGGGAAUGCCCUUGGCCGACACCUGGGGACAAGUCAUGUACGAUCAGAUCGACGCUACCAUCAAGGCAGUUGUCACUUCUGGAAAGGCAUUUCAAAUGAGGAAUAUCAUGUUUGAGAUGCAGAGAGACGGCUUCCCAGAACAAACGUGGCAUCACUUCUAUCAACUUCCCGUUGUCGAUGCACACGAUCGCUAUCUUGGCUGUGUCUGCGAGUUUGCAGAGAACACCACCGCUGUUGUUCAGGAAAGUAGAGCCGCUGUCCUCGAUGCUUGGAUCAAGACUGGAGCUAGCGGCACUACCCUGAACCAAGUUUGGUCCGCUGCUGUAGAUUCGCUCAGCAAGACACCGAUAGAUAUCCUGGCCGGUUGCAUCUACUCCGUCUCUACCGACUUUGGAGGCUCACAGUUUUCUGGAAGUUCUUCUGAAACCCCCGAACCAUCGAUGAUUCCAAAAGACUAUAUCCUCCAGACUUCCUUUGGACUGUCGAGUAUCGAGAACCAUCCGCCUCAAUCUUUGCUCAAAAUCCUGCACACAGCGCCGAGUUUUGAGAAGCUGCUGGUUCUAAGAACGGAUGACGACUCGCUUCCUACUGACCUUCGAUGGACUACUUCUGAUCAAGUCUCGAUAAACGCUGUCUGCAUUUUGCCCAUCACAGACCUGAACAAUCGACGACUUGCUAUUGGAGUGUUCGGUAUGAAUCCAAAAAGACCACUAGAUGAAGGAAGCAGGUCGUACGUCGCAGGUGUGGGCGAUAUGCUUCGAAAAAGUGCCAUCUUCGUUACCCUGCCCGAGGAGCAAAGGAGAAACGAAGAGAUCACAUCAGCACUGUCUGAUAGAUUACAAGUGGCUCUUUUGGAGGCAGAGAAACAAGAGGAGACGUAUGCACGUAUGGCCAAGCAGGCUCCGAUAGGCAUGUAUAUGCUGCGACCUGAUGGAUACCCCAUCUCUGUCAAUGACGCAUACCUAGAACUGCACGGCGUCUCGCGAGCUCAGUUCUACAAAAACGCAGAUGAAGGUCUUGGUUGGACUCCGACGAUAUACCCUGACGAUGCAGAGCUCGUCACCAGCAUGUGGCUAGAUACUAUUGGAGGCAGAAAACCCGUGCAAGCCGAGAUACGCCUCAAAGCGCCCUCGGGUGUUCGUUGGGUAGAAUCAAUGUCGUAUGCCGAGCGAGAUGAUGCCGGUAGCGUGACCUCGGUGCGAGGCUGGCUUCUUGACGUCAGUCCAAGAAAGAUGAACGAGCGUCUUGUGAAUGAGAAGCUUGAGGAUGCGCUUGAGACAAAGCGUGCCACAGAGACCUUCCUCGACAUGCUAUCUCACGAGAUGAGAAACCCUCUGUCGAGUAUCCUACAGUUGGCAGAUGGCAUUAUGUCUCUGCUCAAGGAGUCGCUCGCGUCUGACACUAUUGAGCCUCUGACAGACUCCGCUCAGACUAUUACGCUGUGUGCUAGACACAUGAAGACCAUUAUCGAUGAAGUACUUACCUUCUCGAAGCUGGACUCGAAUCUCCUUGUGCUGAGUUUAGAAAGAGCACGUGUCCCGACCAUCAUUGAUACCGCUCUCAAGAUGUUUGAAAAGGAGAUUGAACAUGCCAAAAUCACGGCUAGCAUCAAUGUUGAUCAGAGCUAUACUGAUCUAGGCCUUGACUAUGUUCUAGUAGACCCCAGUCGUCUUUUACAGGUGAUCAUCAACUUUAUAUCCAACAGCGUCAAGUUCACCAAGUUUGAGAAGGAGCGAAAGAUCAGAAUCAAUCUCGCUGCUUCUGCGACCAAGCCUACGGAAAAAGACUUUGGUAUCGCAUUCUUGGCUCCGCGUAAGGAUCUCAGCAAAGACUCUUCUUUGCCUACUACACCUGUCUCAUCUGUGCCAGAGUGGAAUCUUGGAGAGGAGGUAUACAUCUAUGUCGGUGUUGAAGACACUGGACGAGGUCUCACGGAAGAUGAAUGUAAAGUCUUGUUCCAAAGAUUCGCUCAAGCUUCUCCCAAGACCUACAAGACCUAUGGUGGAAGUGGUCUGGGUCUGUUCAUCAGUCGCGGUUUGUCCGAACUCCAAGGCGGACAAAUCGGUGUAAAGAGUACAGCAGGAGUUGGCUCGACCUUUGCCUUCUUCAUAAAGACCCGCCGGACUGACCCGCCUAGACCUGCUUCUCGAGCAGAAUCGGUAGCUUCGACAGAGGCAUUGACUGAUGUGCAUCACCUGCCUCACCAUGAGGGGAAGCAAGAUGUUCAGGUACUCACGCUUUCUAGUGUGGCAGAGGAAAGCAGUAUCUCAGUCAAAGAUCUACACAUACUUGUCUGUGAAGACAAUGCCAUCAACCAAAAGGUCAUAGCACAACAACUCCGCCGUCUAGGCUGCCACACCGUCCACGUCGCCGACGACGGUCUAGCAGCCCUGACCUUCCUCUCCACCACCACCUUCGCCUCUCCGCAAUCCACCAUCCCUCUAUCUCUUAUCCUCAUGGACGUCGAAAUGCCAGUCAUGGAUGGCCUAGGCGCCGUCCGUCGCAUUCGCGCCAUGGAGGGCAAGGGAGAAAUCUCCAGACAUGUCCCUGUCAUUGCGAUUACGGCGAAUGCAAGACAGGAACAAGUGGCUACGGCUCUGGAGGCGGGGAUGGAUGAGGUUGUCACGAAGCCGUUUUUGGUGAGGGAGUUGGUGCCGAGGAUGGUGGCGCUUGUGCAGAGGUAUGCUUCUGGUGGGGGAUGA